ACAAAUUUCUUCAGGUGUACUAGGAGAUUUUCCCACGAUCGAAAGAAAAAUUCUUUAACAUUAAAAGGAACAAUCAAAAUUUGUGUCGUGUGCUUUUGAAAUUAUUUAACAAGUGAUAAAGUUCGAAUAGCAACAUGUCAGUCACGGAUAGUAUAUCGCUCGUCGAUCUUUUAAAUUAUUUCCAAUGACCUGCCGUAUCAAGAAGAUACAACUGGUGAUUAAGUGAAACAUAUGUGAUCUUUUCAAUAGAAAAAAAAAUAUAAUAUUGAUAAUAAUUUCUUUAAAUGAGCCUUUAUUUUGUGACAUUGUGUGGUUUUCAAUCAAUAUACCGAUGUAUUUCUGAAAAAAUCAUUGGAUACUGCCUUGUGUGCUAAUUCAAUAUAAUUACAACUGGAUAUGUCCGAGUCGUGCAGUCGCGCGAACAACGCGUGCCAAGAAAAAUCUAUACUUAGGUUUGGAUUACUAUAAAUACUACGAUUUUACUACGAGAUCUUGAUUGUAGUAAAUAUGUAAAACUUUUGAUAAAAACUCUACAAAUAUGUAACACAUGGUGAUGUGAGAUAAAACGUUACCGGGACAGUUUGUAAAAAGUGUUUUGUUGUUGGACACAGCUAAAAACGAUGACAGAUUUAAUUGUAAAUUCACAUUUUCAACAGUUAAAUACAACUUCAUGAUUGACGAGGAAAAUGUUGGAUUUAUUUUGCAUAAAACCUUAUACUUAAAUGGAAGUGAGAUACGGGAACUUCAAACGGACAGGAUUUCCAACAGCAUUUGUUUGUAGGAAUGGUUUUCGAAGAUUUUUGUGGAUAUGUGCUUGUAUUUCACCCGAGUGCAACUUUGCUAACAUGUUUAAUGGUUUGUAAAACUAAUACAUGUAUGCAAUCCAUUUAUAAGUUUAUAAAAUAUGUUCCUCUUCUAUUUGAAUAUUGUGACUGUUAUUUUAGAAUUUGUACAAGGAUUUGGUUAUUUUGAAAUACAGAUAACAACUAUUCACAAUCCCCGCGGGGAAGUGAUGGAGGGUGUGUGUUGUGAAGGGGACAGAGACGGGAACAAUAGGUGUGUUAAGGAAUGUAACACAAUGUUUCGCGUGUGUUUAAAGGAAUACCAAAGUGUUAUAACUUUUGAUGGAAAAUGUACUUUUGGAAAUAUAACGAGUUCAGUAUUUGGCGGGAAUUCAUUCACAUAUCCGAUAGAGAGUACCAAUAGCAGACUAAAGCUACAUUUCGAGUUUGCUUGGACGCUGACGUACAGUCUAACAUUAGAAGCCUGGGAUCAAGACACACUUUCACAUGAUGGCCAAAUCAUCGAACGUGCAUCCUACUCGGGUAUAUUGCUGCCGGGACCUGACUGGUAUACAAGAACACAUAAUGGACCCACAGCUAGUCUAAUCUACAGAAUACGGGUGGUUUGUGAUAUACAUUAUUAUAAUACAACGUGUACAAAAUUCUGUCGACCACGAAAUGAUACAUUUGGACAUUACAAGUGUGAUUCGCAUGGUGAUAAAGUUUGUAUGGAGGGCUGGAUGGGAUCGGAAUGUGAUAAAGCUAUAUGUAAAACGGGUUGCAGUCAUGGGUCCUGCGACACUCCCGGAGAAUGCAGGUGUGCCUAUGGGUGGCAAGGUAAACUUUGUGACUUAUGUAUUCCAUAUCCCGGAUGUAAGCAUGGAUCAUGUAACGGAUCACCAUGGCAAUGCUUUUGCGAUUUAAACUGGGGUGGAACUUUAUGUGAUCAAGACCUGAAUUUCUGUGGUCGUCACCAUCCUUGUACAAAUGGCGGCAUUUGUUUGAAUUCUGCACCAAAUCAGUAUGAUUGUAAAUGUCCUCCUGGUUAUUCUGGCAAUAAUUGUCAAAGAACGGAUUUGGCGUGUUCUUCUAGUCCUUGUUUCAAUGAAGCUACUUGUGAAAAUGUAAACGGCGGAUUUAGAUGUCAUUGUCUUCCUGGCUGGUCCGGAAGUUUAUGUGAAGGAAAUAUAAAUGAAUGUCAAUCUAAUCCUUGUUUACAUGAAGGCACAUGUGUUGAUGAUGUCAACGAAUAUCACUGCCAGUGUUUAUCAGAAUGGCAAGGUCCUCAAUGUCAGCUGAGCAAAACUGAGUGUAGUGGAAGUCCAUGUGUAAAUGCGCAUGCGUGUGAGGAUAAGCUUGGAGAUUACAUAUGCCAUUGUUUGAAAGGCUGGAAAGGCAAAAACUGUGAUAUAAAUAUCAAUGAUUGUCAUUAUCAGUGUCAAAAUGGUGGACGAUGCAUCGAUCUUGUUGCAGAUUACCACUGUUCGUGUACAUCUGGUUAUACAGGACGUAACUGUGAAAGUGAAAUAAUGGAAUGUAACAGCAACCCUUGUAAAAAUAGAGCAAGAUGUCAUGAUCAAAUAGCUGGCUAUAGUUGUGAAUGUGUUCUUGGUUACUCGGGCUUUAACUGUGAGAUUGACAUUGACCCAUGCUUUCCUAAUCCAUGCAAAAACGGUGCUAGUUGUUUUAACGUCCAGGAUGACUUUUACUGUCAUUGUACUAAAGACAGGAAAGGGAGAUAUUGUGAUGAAAUCAAAACUACAUGUGAUUCUGAUGCGUGUCAAGUGAUUGACAGCUGUACAAUAGCUUUACCAAAUAACAAUUCAAUAGGAGGAGUACAGUUGAUCUCAUCAAAUGUUUGUGGAAAGCACGGGAUAUGUAUAAGUAGACCUGGUGGCCAGUACAGUUGUGUUUGUGAUACAGGAUUUACUGGGGCAUAUUGUCAUGAAAAUAUCAACGACUGCCUCAGUAAUCCAUGUCAAAAUUCUGGCACUUGUGUAGAUAUGGUAAACUCAUUUCAGUGUAUAUGUAAAGAGGGAUACGAAGGCCUACUGUGUAACAAUAAUAAAAAUGACUGUUACCCUAAUCCAUGUAGAAAUAGAGGAUCCUGUCUGGAUUUAGUAGCUGAUUUCAUUUGCCAAUGUCCAAACAGUUGGAAAGGGAAGACAUGUGCCCUGAGGGACUCACAUUGUGAUAAUUCCACAUGUCUUAACAAAGGAAAAUGUAUUGACUUGGAAACAACAUUUACCUGCCAGUGUCCAGAGGAUUUUGAAGGAAGCACUUGUCAAAUUCGAUCGAUUAAUGCAUGUGAUAAUUCACCAUGUAGAAACCAUGCAACAUGUGUGAACAGUGGAGAUACCUUUACUUGUUUAUGUAAGGAAGGAUUUGAAGGAUCUAUGUGUGAAAUCAACAUUAACGAUUGUAAUCCAUUCCCAUGCUAUAAUGGUGGUCGAUGUAUUGAUGGAGAAAACUGGUAUAUUUGUGAGUGUGCAAAUGGCUUUGCCGGACCAGACUGUAGAGUCAAUAUAAACGAGUGCAUAUCGGAUCCAUGUACAUUUGGCAGUACAUGUGUUGAUGGUAUAGGAUCUUUUAGAUGUAUAUGUCCACCUGGUAGGACUGGAACAUUAUGUGAGGAAGUGGCAGGAAAACUGCCCUCACCAUUGUCUUGUCUGUUUAACAGACGCACAUAUCCUGAUAAAUCAAAAUGGGAGCAUGAAUGUAAUUCUUGUAGCUGUGAAAAUGGUGUAGUUACUUGUAGCCAGAUUUGGUGUGGACCAUCUAAUUGUCUUAAUAACUCAAGAUAUGUAGGAAAUGUUCUGGAAUGUUCUGAAGGUCAGACCUGUGUUAUACAGACAGACAAAAUAUGUUUUACUCCGCCAUGUGUACCAUGGGGUUAUUGCCAAGACCUCAGGGAAAGCAAAGACACCAUUAUGUAUAAUGUGGAUUCAAAUUGUGAAUCGGCCAGUCCUCAACUAUCUAAUAAUUGUGCCAAGAUUUCUUUGAUAUUUGACAAAUCAAAAACGCCAGCGGGAGUUUCUGUUGAAACAAUUUGUAAUACAAUUCGAAGGUUACCUGUGCUUAAGACAUUGUCUAAUGAACAACAUGUAUAUGUUGUUUGUAAUUUACAUAAAGUGCGACUUAAUGCCAUAGAUAUAUUAUUGUCAGUGGAAGCUACCAAGUCAAACAAUCAGAUAGAUGCCACACUCAAAACAGCUAUCGACAACAUAACACAAGUCAUAAGUCAUAAGCAGACAGGAAGUAGUGCUCUUGCAGCGGUAAUAGAAGUGGAGGUGUUGAUGACAAUAUCUGACAACACUCUAACUAUGGAAUCAGUUUACCUCAUUCCAGUUAUUUGUUCAGCGAUUGGUCUUCUUGGUAUUGUGCUCAUUGCUCUAUUGGUUGUGUUUCAUGUACGACAAAAGAGACGAUUUGAAAGAUCAAAAGCACAUGCUGAGUAUAUUGAACAACGAACAAACAACGAAAACGAAGAAAAUUUAAGACGAUAUAAGAAUCCAUUAUUCUCAGAAUCUAAUAAAGGUGCUGAACACAAGAAAACUAAGUUGGAAAAGGAGUUAGAUAAAAUAGAAAAAAGUCCCAUGCAAAUCAUAUCGAAGUCAGAUUCCAUUAACGAAUCAUCCACAGUGUCUCCCCCCAAAACAAAGGUCAAAGACAUUAACAUAGAACUUUCAAAAUCUAGAGCGAAAGCGGCAGAAAGACAAAAGGAGUUGAUUGAAAUUUCAAAGACAGUGGGAGUUGAUAUGGAAAGCGAAGUUAUGGUUUAGAUUUGAACUCAACACGUGUAGUAAGACCUUGAAGUAAUGUUGGCCAAGCCUAGCUUAUUUUUUUAUUUUGGUUUUAAAUGAAGAAAUUGGUUAAUCAUGUUUUAUAUUUGCCGUAAAAUGGAAGUUUAUGAUACACUAAAUAAUAUGGUCUCAUUGCUGUACCACUGAUAUUUAUUAGAUUGGCAUAAUAAGCAACGAAUGACAUGCACAAGGCAUGAAUUU